AUGGGCGAGUUCUUGUCCAAUGACGAUAAGUCGUUGAGGUCUGAUCUCUCACUUGACCUAGCUGCCUUCCACAAGGGAGCGACCACUACGGCUACGAGACAGCUCAAUAGCCAGCUGAUUGAGCUGGGACUGAGGGAUACAAAGUGGUGGAAGUGUGGAGCCCCGGAAUACCGCCAGCGUCGAGCCCAGGGGGCAACACCCUUCCCUCGACCUCUGCUCUUGGGAGAAGCAGAGGAGAUCAGUAUUGAUUCGAAUCAUGGGCCAGCCAUAAAAUGUCGUCUGCUUCAACCCCCUGGCGCAAAACCAAUUGGAGUCUUUUAUCACAUCCAUGGUGGUGGCUAUGUCCUCGGCUCUGCGGAUAGUCAAGAUCUUCUCCUGGCUGAGAUUUCUCGGUCUGCUCGGUUGGUUGUGGUCUCGGUUGAAUACCGCCUUGCACCAGAAAACCCUUAUCCAGCUGCAUUGGAAGAUUGCUGCACCGUCGCCGACUGGCUUGAACAGCACGCACAAGAAAAGUGGGACUGUGACUUGAAUUUCAUCGGCGGCGAGUCUGCCGGUGCUACGCUUUCUGCUCUUGUUGUCCUUCAUUUGCAACAACGAGGACUGCUAUCUCGUAUCAGAGGGGUCGUUCUCAGCUACGGUAACUUUGAUCUUUCAGCUCUACCCUCUCUACGGGGGUCAGAGCGAUCAGAGACUCCCGUUUUGAACUACGAGGACGCCGAGCAAUUUCUCGACGCAUACCUGCCUGGUCGCACACCUGACCAGAGAAAAGCCGCCACCAUCUCACCGGCGUACAACAAGCUCAGCGACUUGGUUCCGGCGUUGUUUUUGGUUGGCACCGAGGAUGGCUUGGUAGAUGAUAGCAUCUUGAUGGCGUCGCGGUGGCAGUUGGCAGGAAAUGAAGCUAUUCUGAAAUUCGUACCGGGUGCCUGCCAUGGUUUCAUGACAUUCAAUGGCCAUGUUGUCGAGGUAACACGUCGGGGCUGGGAUAUCCUGCUUCAGUUUCUUCAGGCGAAACUUAUGGCACCAUGA